AUGAAUUUCAUCAUAAUUGUUUCCUUACUCAUUAGCAAUCUUUUAGCAUAAUCAAAUUAGAGACCUACCUAAAAGAAAUUCGAAUCUGAAAUAAUUGAGUAAACAAUAACAAGAGUAUAUAUAUACAAAAUAAUUAUUAGAUCUCUGACAAAAUGAAGGAUAACAAACUUAAAUAUACAUUUAUAAAUUCAUUUCCAAACACUCUUGAUACAACAGUAACAAAUUAUGAUCCAAACAUACCAGAUGCCUUUGUAAUCACUGGAGAUAUAACAGCUAUGUGGUUAAGAGAUAGUACUAAUUAGUUAUGGACCUAUAUGGAGUUUGUAAAUAAAGAUAGCAAAUUAUAAAAUUUAGUUAAAGGAGCAAUAACUCGUUAAAUCAAUUAAGUCUUAAUUGAUCCAUAUGCAAAUGCAUUUAAUUAUCAAAAGAAAUAAUCAGAAUGGAGUUCUGAUAAUACAACUCGAUGUUUUUUAGGUGUCAAUGUACAUGCUAUGUCUGAACAUCUUCAUGAGAGAAAAUUUGAAAUUGAUUCAUUAGUGGCUGUUUUAAGACUUUCUUAUGGUUAUUACAAAGAAACUAAUGACACUUCAAUCAUAAAUUUUAAAUAUUUAAAGGCUCUACAAAGAAUACUGAGAACAUUUAGAGAUUAAUAAGCAGAUCAAACAGAACAAUUUAAAACCUUCAGAUUUCCUUAUACUUUUUAAAGAAAUGGUAGAUCAACUGAUACAGUUAUUAAUGGAAUAGGAGAACCACUUAAAAGAACAGGAUUAUUAAGAACAUUUUUUAGAGCAUCUGAUGAUUCCACAAUCUAUUAAUUUAAUAUUCCAGAAAAUGCUAUGGCUUCAGCAAUCUUAAAAUAAACAGCUGAAAUGUUAAGUGAAGCUUAAUUAACUUGGUCUUUAAGAAAAGCAGCUGAACCUUUAAUUUAAGAGGCUAUUGCAUUAUCUUCAGAAAUAAGAGAUGCUAUUUACAAAUAUGGAAUAAAGGAUGGUGCAUUUGUUUAUGAAGUUGAUGGAAUGGGUAAGUAAGUAUUUAUGGAUGAUUCAAAUCAACCAAGUUUGCUUUCUCUUCCUAUUUAUGGAUUUAUUGAAAUUGAUGAUCCCUUAUAUCAAGCAACUAGAAAGAAAGCAUUAAGUUCAGCUAAUCCUUAUUAUUUCGUGGGAACAGCAGCCAAAGGUAUUGGAGGUCCUCAUAUUGGGGCUAAUUACAUAUGGCCAAUGGCUAUUGUAACUUAAGGAUUGACUACUAAUGAUAAAUAAGAACUGAGAGAAUGCUUAAGAAUGUUAGUAACAACUACAGGAAAUAAAUGGUUUAUGCAUGAAAGCUUUUUCAAAGAUAAUCCUUCUAGUUUCACAAGAUCUUGGUUUGCAUGGGCAAAUGGAUUAUUUGGAGAAUUAGUCUUAAAGAUAGAUAAGGAAUAUCCAGAACUAUUAGAAGAAGAAUAUGCUUGA